CACGUCCUCGUGGCCGCCGAUGUCGCGUGCAACAUCUUGUUCAACGUGUCCUCGGCCUUCGCCAUCACCGACAGGUUCAGCAUCAGCCGCAGGAACAGGGAGCUCUACGUGCUGUACAGCUGCAAGGAGAGGCGUCCGCCGCCUGGUGCUGCCCCGGUGACCAACUGCAGUCCCAACACCAGAGGCAUGUACGUGUACCUCGGGGGAAACUACGGCAUGGGCCAGCCCCCGGCGAAUGAAGGGAGCAGCGAGACCGCCAUAUUUCCGGUGCUCGGGGCGGCGCCGGCAGGCAUGACGGCGGCCAAUUAUAGACAGCUCAUAAAGGGCGGGUUCUUGUUGGAGUGGGAGCCCGUCGGCGAUUGCAAUGCCUGCAAGGCGAGCGGUGGGCGGUGCCGCUAUGAUGCCAACACAUCAGCGUUCACGUGCCUUUGCUCAGACGUUAGCAUGCACCAGUCGACCUGUGGUAAGCUGUCUGCCAUGCGAUGCAUAUUUCCUGUCAGAAUAUGCAAUACCAUCACUAUAUUGAUAAUCUGUUCAUCUUCAUGCAGAUACUAA